AUGACUCAGGGAAGGCAGAUAAAGGCAUUGAACCGACACUUUCGGAUCCACAAAGACACGACCUUUUAUAGUAAUGUUCCUACAUCAGCAGAGCUGUAUGUGGAGUCACCUCUCUCACCAAAUGACCACGUUAAUGCAAUCUCUAAGGAUACAAAUGGAGGCGUAAGUGCUUAUCGACCAACACCACCAGGAAACAGUCCCGGGGUUGGUCAUCGAAAAUUUGGAGUGGAAAAUGAAGAUAUAAAAGCAAAGGCGGGAAUUCAGAGUCCUCCAGAUGUUAAAUAUUCUUUGGCUGAAGGGUCUAAAACUGAUUUUCGACCUACAGACCCAGGUCACAGCCCCGGGGCAGGGCAUGCUGCUCAUCAAAACAAGAAUAAUGGAGAGGGAGGACGGGUGCAGAAUCAAUCAGGGCUGUGUCCUGGAGUUGUGGGGCGAAAUGCUUCAACGCUUCCCUCCAGAUUUCUUAUGGAUCGAAAGGCAAUUGUGGUUUUUGUUGUGUCUUUUGCAGAGUUGGGUAAUUUCACAUUGCUUUGUCUCAAGUUUCUUCCCUCUACAAAGAGUAGUUCAUGGGACAAGACCAACAGUACUAGAAAGAAGAGACAAACAUUCCAAUGCAUUCAUGGAAUCAGGAACCUCAAGUCCCAAGGGGACCAAAACCUUGCAAAUCAUGACCAGAAGAACGUGCACGGUGGCCUUGUGACUCCCAAUGAAACCCAGUCUCCACCAACACCUCCGAGCGAGCCGGCUCCAGGUCGUGAGGUCCAUGACUUUAGGCCAACCGCCCCCGGCCACAGUCCCGGCGUUGGUCAUUCUGCUCACAACUAG